AUUAACACAGCGGCAACAGGGGCUUCAGGGCAGCGGAGCGCGGAUAGUUGCGCGCGCUGGCCGUCGCUGCGUUAUGGCCCGCGCGAGUGCGACAGUGGGUGACUCCAAGCCCAGCCCCCGUCGUGGCGUGCUGCUACUGCCGGGCCUGGGCAACAACGCGGCCGACUACGGCCCCCUGGCCGCGAAGCUGGAGGCGCGGGGGAUGGCGGUGGAGGUGGCGCAGGUGACGCGGCCGGACUGGGGUCGCAACGCGGCGGCGCUGACGGACGUCAACUGGUGGAAGGGCACACUCAAGCCGCGGCCGGCGGUGGACUGGUACCUGGCCUACGUUGACGCGUCCAUGCAGCGCCUGAAGCGGCGGCUGGACCAGGAGGCGGGCGGCGCGCCCAUCACCAUGCUCACACACUCGGCCGGUGGCUGGCUGGGCCGUGUGUACCUGCUGGACUGGGGCACGGCCGGCGUGGACCGCUUCGUGUCGCUGGGCAGCCCGCACCGCGCGCCGCCCGCCGGCGCGGCGGGUGUGGUGGACCAGACCCGCGGCAUCCUCAACUUCGUGAGCGACGCCUGCCCGGGCGCACACCACAGCGAGCUGGCCUACGUGACCAUCUGCGGCAAGUUCGUCCGCGGCGUGCCCCUGUCCGGCCCGGGCAGCGAGGCGGGCGGGCUGCUGGCCAAGUUCGCGGGGGCGGGCUACCAGCAGGUGUGCGGCAGCGCCCAGGUGUGGGGCGACUUCAUCGUGCCGCAGCCCGCCGCGCACCUGGAGGGGGCGCUGCAGGUGGACCUGGAGGGCGUGUUCCACUCCCCACUGGGCGAGAAGCUCCCCUUCUUCGGGCCCUGGUACGGAUCCGACGAGGUGCUGGAGCGCUGGGUGCACCACCUCACGGGCGACCCGGCGCCGGCGGAGGCAGCGGCGGUGGAGGCAGUGGCGGCGGCGGCGGCAGCUGCCAGCGGCAGCCAAUGAGGCGAAGGGCAGGAGAGCGUGUGGGCGUGUGGAAAGGAAUUUGUACGAGUGAGCGCGGUGUGUUGUGAUCAUGCAUGCUGGGCCUCGAUUCGCUGGUUAGGAUGGAGCUGCAGUAGUCGUGCACAUGUUGUUGGGCCGGAAUCCUGUGAUUCGCGUGUGCCCAAGUAGUCAGGGACAAUGUCGUGACUUCGUAUCCCACACGCCCGCUGCGGGCAGCAUCGACCGGCCGGCCGCGUAAGGAACGGUGUGUAGCGGCAGCUGCACAGUGCGGUUUAUCUCGUGAAGAAAGUAAAGAGAAUUGUUGUUGCGGGGAGAGGUGUGCGAGAGGCAGGCCCAUGUUGCGGCAUAGGUUUCUGACAACGGAGGGCAAGUAGGCAUACCGCCGUUCUGUGCUUGUAUUCCUUGUGAUGCAUUGCCACGCAAACUUACGCACCCUUGUUGGCUUCGAGUCGCAGUGCCC